AUGGAGUUCUUUAAGGAUUUUCAUGAUCGGGGCAGGUUCGUCAAGAGCAUUAAUGCCUCUUUUCUGGUCUUAAUUCCUAAGAAAGGAGGAGCUGAAGAUCUCAAGGACUUUAGGCCUAUAAGCUUGGUGGGCAGUUUUUACAAGUUAGUAAAGACGCUAGCUAAUAGGCUUAAAAAGGUAAUGGGUAAGAUAGUGUCUAAGUCCCAAAAUGCUUUUGUGGAGGGAAGGCAAAUCAUGGAUGCCUCGCUGAUUGUGAAUGAGGCUAUUGAUUCGAUGCAGAGAAGCGGGGGUGGUGGCAUCCUUUGUAAGCUAGAUAUUGAGAAGGAGUACGACCAUGCUCUCAAUUGCUUGUUGAAGAAAGCGAGGGAGGAAGGGUUUUUUCCGGGGUGGCAGAUCAGUGGUAGAGGAGGCGCGGGAGUAGAGAUCACUCACUUGCUGUUCGUAGAUGACACGUUGAAGGUGAAUUUGGACAAAAGUGAGAUCAUCUCAGUGGGGAGAGUGGAGAAUGUAGAGGAUUUGGCUCUUAAGUUUGGUUCCAAGGUGAGCACGCUCCCAUCUUCUAACUUGGGUCUUCCUUUGGGUGCUCGUUUCAAGGAGUUGGCAGUUUGGGAUGGGGUUGAGGAGAGGUUCAGGAAGAGACUUUCCUUUUGGAAAAGGUAG